CGCCCUCCCACGUUCUCGCCCCUCCUCUUUGCCUUGCACGCCACGCCGUCGCCUAGCAACCGUUCUACAAUGGAGUGCGGCUCUGUCUGCCUUGUGGCGGCUGAAGGUGCGCACUGCCGCCGUUUUGCUCCCUUGGGCACCGCUACGUACCUGUCUAUGGAGCGGCGGCAAAGAAUGGCUCCGCGCCAGCUUGUAGACACCUUCAGAAUAUUUAACCUUGAGCUCCCAGAAAGGAAUAACAUCUUAGAGAAGUUUCAAGGGGAGUACACUCCAAGGAAACAGGAUCAACACCCUCCACUUGAGUGGCGCAAUACCCCUCAACCACAUCAUAUUAAGUUCAUCAAGACCAAUGCCAGGUUUUUAAAUAAACCAAUCUGUUAUGUGGACACAGAAGACACAAAAGACAAAGAGGACCACUGGUGGCCACGUAGUGAACCUUUAGUGCAUCGUCCUAAACCAUCUUAUGACAAGCAAAGCACUCAAAGAAAUGAUUUCCAGAAGCCAAGCUGUGAAUGGUCUUGGCCUAUUAAGUACAGCAGUGUGCAGUUACCUUCACAUGGAAUAGUUCCACUUGCAUCUCCUCAAACACCAAACAGACUUCCAAGGAUUUUCCAAGAGGAGAUCUCUUUCAAACAUCACUAUAAUGCCAGAGUAACUCCCUGUAUCCCCUACCAAGGGAAGAGACAGGGUGCUUUUGUGUGGCGAGAGAUAAAGCCAGCAAGGGGGGUGCUAGUUCCUGAGGGAGCCACAGCACUGACAAGUACGCAAGGGUCAGAACCCUUGGAACAGCCACAAGCAGAGAAAGGAAACUGUAUGACCUCACCCUGCCUGUGCUUGCCGGAUUCCCAGGAGACACUAGUUUCUGACACUGGCUUAUCAAAAACAGACAUCAAUGUGGAAACCAAGGCAGACCUCAGCGCCUCUGAGAAGAGAAAGAAGAGUGGAGGGAUUUCUCAGAAAGACAAAGUGGAUCUUGGCUGUCCAGCCAGAGAGGCACCUUCCUGUCCAGUGAGAGAGGCUUCCCUCCAUAAAAAGCAAGACUGCUUACCUCCUCUGCCUAAAGCAGAACAAUGUCCAGUAGAAAUUCAGAUGGCCUAGAAGGGCUGUCCAAGUGAGGGGGAGUUGGCCUGGUGCAAUGUCAGUAAUGCCAAACACUAACUGACACCAGCAAAUUGUCCAAGGCAAGACACUCAUUCUGCCUUUACAUAACAACAGCUGCAGCGUACUUUGAUGCCUCCAGAAAAUGAGAGGCUCAUAAAAACUAUGAAUCUUUUAUUUUCUUUUUUGUCCAGUGCUGCAAUUGAAUUUUUCACUCAUGUGCCUAUUUAAAAUUAUCCGGGUUGCUUGUUUGCAAGGAAGACGAGUGUUCUGUUCAGCAUAGACUGAUUGUUAAACAUUCAUCUCAAGAAUUAAAGUAAACAUUUUAUUUUCCUGUU